AGCACAUAUACAGGUUAUUCAUCUGUAUAUUAUAUUCAUAGAACAUACAUAUCUGUAAAUUACUGUUUAUAGUAAUAGCCAUAUAUUUUAUUACAGUACAUAUCCUUCUGUAAAUCUGUAUAUUGUUCAUAGUAUGCACACAACUGUAAAUUACUCGAUAUUACCACUUAACUUAUUUAAAUCUUGUAAAAACUAUAUAUCCUGCACUUGCUACUAUUGUACUCUGGUUAGACCUAAACUGCAUUUUAUUGCCUUGUACUUGUACAUGUGUAAUGACCAGGGGCGUCACUAGGUCUGCCCAGCGGCCCCCCCCCAAAAAAAAUUAUUUGAUUAAUUAGUUUUUGAUCGCUUCAGUCCCCUUUAAAAACGCAUUUGAAGCGGCGACAAGCUGCGUCAUGUUUCGGCUCCUCCCCUGAACUGUCUGCGUGUAUUCAGCGCGUUUUUCAAUCCGCAGGGACGGCGAUCAGAGAAUACAAGUGAAAUACAGGGAAUACAAUGGAAUAGUGGAUUGCAAUAAGGUGGCAGAAAUGGCAAGAAACACCAGAAGAAAAAGUAGAAGAACGCAUCCGGUGUUUGUGGUUGGAAUAAUUUUUAAUGAAACUUCCGCAUAACAUUUUAAAUAAUGCAGUCCGUGUUUCUGACACUUUUGUACAUAUUCGGUAUCUGUGCUGCCUUCACAUAUGGAGAGAAAUGUGAACAAAGUGAAUACCUAUCAGCAGCUGAUGAAUGCUGUCCUAUGUGUGCUAUGGGAUCAGUGGUUAUGAAAGACUGCCAUGGUGAUUACAGUACAACAUGCAAACCUUGUGCUAAAGGAACAUUUAUGAAUGAACCGAAUGGAUUACAAAAUUGUUUUCAGUGUAAAAUCUGUGAAAACGGCCUUUUUAUUUCACAAGACUGUACAACAAUGGAGGAUACAGUCUGUGGGGUGUUGGAUGGAUAUUAUUGCAAGCAUUAUGCAGAUAACAGAAAUGAUUGUUCUCUUGCAAUAAAACACAGUAAAUGUAAACCGGGGGAACAAAUAAACACUCCAGGUACAAAGGCAUCAGAUAUCGUUUGUGAGCCCUGUUCUCCAGGGUUUUAUUCUCCUGAAGGUGUGAUCUGCUCUAAAUGGACAGACUGUUCGGUCAGAAAUGAGAUUGAGGUUGAAGAAGGCACUUCUAUUAAAGAUGUUCAAUGCAAACCACAAAGGAACAGAUAUGUUCUCAUAGCAGCUUUUCUCUCAACUGCAGUUGUUUUACUGUCACUUCUAGUUCCAUGUUUGAGUCAAAGAAAAGCAGUCAGAAGUUGAUUUAUAUAUUAAAACAAACAGAAAUCAAUCAAAAUGAUUUGAUGGCGCAGGUGAAAACAUGAGUUACUUCACAAGGAUGUUGUUUUUUUCUAAAGCACCAGCUUGAUGAAUGGAAAAAUAAGACUUUUUAUUUGGAAACGGUGUUUGUUUGUUUUAACAAAAAAAAAAUGGGAGAGCAUUUAAAAAAAAAAAGAUUUAAUAGUGGUGUAUGGAAUGUUCAGUUUUUUUUUGUCAUCAGAUUUUUUUUUAAUUGAUUGUUAUGGUUUAGAUAUGUUUUCUAAUGUAUUCUGGACUAGGACCAAGAAGAACAAUCAUCUCAUUUUUGACUUGAGAUUUUUUUACAUCUGCUAUUCAGUUCUCACUCACUCAUUUUCUACCACUUUAUCUGAACUACCUCGGGUCACGGGGAGCCUGUGCCUAUCUCAGGCGUCAUUGGUCAUCAAGGCAGGAUAAACUCUGGACGGAGUGCCAACACAUCACAG